AUGACCUCCUGUGAUAGCAUCAAUCAAAUAGGCUCCAACGGCAUUCACUUGGCCAGGAAUUACUUUCUGAGGCCUUCGUCUUCCUCAAGACUGCAGCCACCAUCGGGUAUCUUUCAUGAUGAUGGUGGUGAAGUUGGAUCAGGAGAUAUCAACCGCAGCCGCCUUUCAUCCCCUCGAAACAACACCGAGCACCUUGUGGAAAUCUUGGAUGAAGUCCUGGAUAUAUUAAAGGAAGACUUCGAUACGAUUCAAAGGCUUGGUGCCAAGAGUAAGAAAUCAAGAGACGUUGGUUAUCAACGAAAACAGUGA